AUGGCGUCCGACGCACACCCGUACAGAACACCUUCUCGGUCCCCCAGGCUUAGCCUGCCUUCCGUGCACCUCAUCCCGUCUCCCGGGGUAGGGCGGGAACGUCCCCGGCGCUAUGAGCCGCUUAUCCUACGGACGGGCGUCGUCAUAGGGCUCGCGCUGCUCAUGAUUGCGCUUGCCAUUGCACUGGAGGUCGCGCUCGUGUUCUCACAACAUAACAACGGGUUUGGUGUCCAUCAGAAAAAUGUGUUCGGUUUCGUACCGGGAUCGUUAUUGACGGCGUUCUUUCCUAUCGUGCUAGUUGCACCAAUAGCUAGGCUAUGGCAGUCAACGGAUUGGGCCGUGCGGUGGUUUCAGCCGUACGUGAUGUUGUCAAAGGGAAACGCGAGAGCGGAAGACACUGUUCUGCUGGAUUACAUGGCUUAUAACAAAGUCUACGCCCUGCUUGUCUCAUUCAGGCGCAAGCACUGGCUCGUCCAUGUUUCAAUCAUCACGGCGCUCGCCACGGGCUUGGUGCAACCUUUCGUCGGCUCAAUCGUUGACCUGGAGCAGAGGCAUAUGUCGCAGACCACUGGAAUUGCUGGUGAACGAGUAGUCGGGCUUUCUGACGAAAUUCCUACAUUGUCCCCUUUCUUAGCUGCGGCUGGUUUUACAGAUGCUGCGACGUUUCAGAGUUUGCCAGAUCCUCCAUUCGUGAGCGAAAGCUGGGCCAUCGCCACGUUCAGGUAUCCCACCAUCAAAGGUAACAACGCCAACGUGACCGUAAACACGACGGCCGUGCUCACGUCGGUCAAAUGCGAGAACCCCGCGGAGUCCAUGCUCACCCUGGCGAAUCCGCUCCUGUACACCAUCAACCUGACUUUGGCCGAUGGUUGCCAGGGUCACGUCGCAUUCAAUCCCACCGAUGCGGAGCAGCAGUAUGGCGUCGUCCAGGCGGACCCAGAGACCUGUAAAUUCAGUGCGGACAUAAAUGUCUCGUUCACCCCGCACAUGACACCCGAAGGGAAGGGCGUGAUAUGCCGUCCACAGAUUGGCGUGUACGAUGUGCUGACGACGGUAUUCCUCAAUAACGGGAGCGUGAUCGACGUGCAGUCAUUGGGGAACUUGAGUGCGGCGAAUAAUGUCACAGGCUUCCCGCUGAACGGGUCGGCGUACAAUGGAGUCCUCUUUGAUCGGACCAACGAUACGUUCGUGGCUUCGCGUGCUGUCUCAAUACAGACUGGUGUGCCCGGCUCUAUAUUCAGGUUUGCUUUGCAGACUGAUCCUUCGCUGAGCUCGUUCUUUGCCUCUGAGACCGGGUUCCUGAAUAUCACGAACAAAGUAUACACGCAAUUUCUCUCGGUCAGCGCCAAAUCGAUAUACUUCGUGCCGGCAAGCGAGAACCUGCAUGGAGAAGUAACACAAAUGCUACUUCGGCUGGUCAUAGUACCAUUCCCCGCGCACUGUCUGGCGGUCCUCUUUCUACUGAUAGGCAUAAUAGGCAUCGCCGUGCACAUCCUGCACCGACGCCAGCGACGCGAGCUGUAUCUCACCGCGCCGCCCGGCUCGAUCGCGGCGUCGAUGGCGCUUGCAUACCACUCGGGGAUGGGUGACCUGCUCAUCCCCUACGACGACGAGGCGAGCAUGGUGUGCAAGCUUGGGAUGCUGAACUACGGCAUCGACCGCCGCACGGGCGCGAUCGUCGCUGCCGAGCGUGAGGGUGGGUCGAUAUUUGGGCAGGACGACGCGGAGAGCACGUUGUUGGGGCAUGCGGAGGAGCGGGGGCGGGACUUCGGUCGGGAGAAGAGGGAGGGUACAUCUGAGUCAGGAUUCGACCGGGUGUCGGUGGGUAUGCUGAGAAGAAUGCGUGAAAUCGUUCACCUUCAGACUGGCCAGUGCGGGAACCAGAUCGGUGCCAAGUUUUGGGAAGUCGUUUCGGACGAGCAUGGCAUCGAACCGGACGGGUUGUACAAGGGUACCAAUGAUCUUCAGCUCGAGCGUAUCAACGUGUACUACAACGAAGUCGGCGCAAAUAAAUACGUUCCACGCGCUGUGCUUGUUGAUCUCGAACCGGGAACCAUGGACUCACUUCGCUCGGGUCCUCUGGGUAGCUUGUUCCGCCCCGACAACUUUGUCUUCGGGCAAAGCGGUGCGGGUAACAACUGGGCGAAGGGACAUUACACGGAGGGAGCUGAGCUCGUCGACUCCGUCCUCGAUGUCGUUCGCAAGGAGGCAGAGGGAACUGAUGCUUUGCAAGGAUUCCAGAUUACGCACUCACUGGGUGGUGGUACCGGUGCUGGCAUGGGUACCCUGUUGAUUUCAAAGAUCCGGGAGGAGUACCCCGACCGUAUGAUGGCCACCUACUCGGUAGUGCCGAGUCCCAAGGUGUCGGACACCGUUGUUGAGCCCUACAACGCGACGCUCUCCGUCCACCAACUUGUCGAGAACUCGGAUGAGACUUUCUGCAUUGAUAACGAGGCUCUAUACGACAUCUGCUUCCGUACAUUGAAGCUGUCAACACCAACAUACGGUGAUCUCAACCACCUCGUCUCCAUUGUCAUGUCUGGUAUCACGACUUGCUUGCGGUUCCCCGGUCAGCUUAAUUCUGACCUCCGCAAGUUGGCUGUUAAUAUGGUUCCCUUCCCUCGUCUUCACUUCUUUAUGACCGGCUUUGCGCCUUUGACCGCUCGUGGCAGCCAACAGUACCGUGCAGUAACUGUACCCGAGCUCACACAGCAGAUGUUCGACGCGAAGAACAUGAUGGCCGCGUCUGAUCCUCGGCAUGGUCGCUACCUCACCGUCGCCGCUGUCUUCCGUGGCAAGGUGUCGAUGAAGGAGGUCGAAGAGCAAAUGCAGAACGUACAGAGCAAGAACUCGGCUUACUUCGUGGAGUGGAUUCCCAACAACGUGCUCACCGCACAGUGUGACAUCGCUCCCCGCGGUCUCAAGAUGGCUGUGACCUUUUUGGGCAACUCGACUGCUAUCCAGGAGCUAUUCAAGCGUGUCAGCGACCAGUUCACUGCUAUGUUCAAGAGGAAGGCCUUCUUGCACUGGUACACUCAGGAGGGUAUGGAUGAGAUGGAGUUCACCGAGGCGGAGUCCAACAUGCAGGAUCUCGUUGCCGAGUACCAGCAGUACCAGGAUGCGACUGCCGAGGAGGAGGGUGAGUACGAGGAGGAAGUCCCGGUCGACGAUGAGCAGUAG